AAUUAUGUUGUAAGAAGCAGACAACGAGUGUCGGCUUGGUUACUGCGAGUCUGAGUGAGACGAAGAAGAAGGAGAAAGGGAACGAUGACAAUGAUGAGAUCUUUCUCGAUGGCAAUGUUGCUCGUCGCACUAGUUUCAUCCAUCUCUAUUGUUUCUUCGGCUUCUUCAUCCCCUGAAGCCGAGUUUGUUAAGAAGACCAUCUCUUCCCACAAGAUCGUUAUCUUCUCCAAAUCCUACUGCCCGUAUUGCAGGAGAGCCAAAUCUGUGUUCAGUGAGCUGGAUCAGGUUCCUCAUGUUGUGGAGCUUGAUGAAAGAGAAGAUGGGUGGAACGUUCAGAGUGCACUUGGAGAGAUUGUUGGAAGGCGAACAGUACCACAGGUUUUCAUUAACGGAAAGCACAUUGGAGGAUCAGACGAUACUGUAGAAGCGCACGAGAGCGGUGAACUGGCCAAGCUUCUCGGUGUUUCCACCAAAGCUGAACUCUAGGUUCAAUGUAGUUGUAGUUGGAGUGAUAUUCAGGUGUAAGCACUUCAAUUUUCCAGUUUUAUGAUAACUUGUAAUGUGUUCUGAACGUUAUAAACGUCUUCUCAUGGUUUUGUGAAACUGUAUUAAAGAAUACGAGUUGGAUUGAGAUUCAAAUCUGGUCAUGCUUCAA